UUCUUCUCGGAAUGGAAUAUCUGAUGGUAAAACUCGUGAAAUCAGAAGCACAGCCUCUCUUUUCUUUAGCGACAUAUCACGGACAAUUUUGAAGUUAAAUUGCUUUAAAACGAAAUUAAACGUAUAGCUUAGCUCACAGCGACUGUCGGAGGUUGUGAUGUUUGUUGUAAAUAUGCCUGCUGUUUUCAGCGCCAGUUAACGUUAUUGCAUCUUAACUUUUUUUCAUGUACGCCACAGAGUCUGGCAACGCUGUGGUAAAAAAACAACUGAAGAGUGUGACUUCCAUUAUUCAUCCUUUCGUGUGUAAAACGCUAUGAGUAAAGAGUCCAGAAUGAGGGCAACAAUAAACCAGAAGCUGACUGAGAUGGGGGAACGAGAGAGACUGAAGGAGUUACUGAGGGCUAAGCUCACUGAGUGUGGAUGGAAGGACCAGAUGAAAGCUCACUGCAAAGACGUAAUCAAAGAAAAAGGCUUGGAGCAUGUCACUGUGGAAGACCUGGUGGUAGAGAUCACUCCUAAAGGAAGAGCCUUGGUGCCAGACAGCGUCAAGAAAGAGCUUCUCCACAGAAUAAGAGCCUUUUUAGCUCAGCAUGCCACAUAAUUAUGAUUUUUGACAUUUCCUUAGACCACUUGCCUACAUACUAUCAUGAUAUAGAAUAUUUUGAAUUACUUGAUUUACUUGAAUUUUAAAGAUUUAUUUUAAUUAUUUUGACUUGUCAGUGACAUACUGACACACAUGGCUAUUUGGUUGCAUGUUUUUACUAAUUCUGUUUCUACAGUUAUCACAUAUUUGUAAAGGCACUUACUUUGCACAUUUAGUUGUCCUCUGUGUGUUAGAUAUGCUGUUUAAAUAAAGUUGAUUUAUUGGA